AUGAGCAUCACGAACCCCGAUCAAUUUCACGGGGAGUUUUUACCCCACGAUUCCCUGACCGGAGAAUUGAAGACAUUGAACAUCUGCUUCAUUGCUGUCACCUCAGUAUUCAUCGGCCUCCGACUAAUUGUGCGGGCCUUUGUCGUCAAGCAUGUUGCCGCGGAUGACUACCUCAUGGUGGCAGCUGGGCUGUUUGCCACCGCAUUCUCUGCCAUGGCUAUAGUCGGGGUACGGUAUGGCCUUGGGAGGCAUGUAUGGGACCUACCACAGGAUCUGGAUCUCGUCGAGAAGAUCAAGAAGACCAUCCAAACACUGUGGAUAUGCCAGGUCAUGUACGUGACGGCCCUCAUGCUUGUCAAGAUGAGCAUCGUCGUCUCCUACAUUCGUGUCUUCCCUACGACGACCUUCCGAAGAACCAUGUACGCUCUCAGCGCCGCCAUCCUUGGUGUAUGGAUCUGCAGUAUCCUGGUCACCAUCUUCCAAUGCAAGCCGGUCCAGGGCGCGUGGGACUUCACACUGCCGAGAAACUGUCUCCCAAUCGUCAACUUCUACUACUUCUCGACUGCGUUCUCCAUCUUCACCGACUUCUUGCUCUGUACCCUACCGUUGCCCGUGUUCUGGAGACUCAACCUACCACGGCGGCAGAAGUACGUGGUGUCAAUGCUCUUCGCGAUCGGCCUUUUCGCGACCGUGGCCUCGGCCCUGCGCAUCAGUGUUCUCGAGGGGGUCGAGAGUCUCGACGUGACGCAAGGCUCGGUACCCACAAUGAAGUGGUCCGUUGUCGAAGUGGGCACAGGCAUCAUCUGCGCCUGCAUCCCUUGUUUCAAACCUCUCUUCAAGAAUUGGCUGCCAGACAGAACCUCGCACAACGGCUCAGCAGGCCGUGUCAGUGGACGCGCCAACCAUUCCCCCAGGCUCGGCACAAGUCAUUCAGAGGCCCACGAGCUUACCAAGGCCCCAGAAGGUUGGUCGUCUUUACCACCAGCCGCCACAAGGAUCAAAGCCGGUCCUGUUGUCACGACCAAGAAUUUCAUCUGA